UGGCUCUCUAUCCCUCGGUUCUAAAGUGUUGGGCGUAGUUUAAGCAGAUAGGGUGCGCAGGAUUAAAUAUCACCAUUGUUCUAACAUGAUUCUUGAUCAUAGAUUUUUGUUUCUAUCAGCUUUGUUUUGCAUUGCUGUAGCUAGCGUUUUAACACAAGCUCCACCUACAUCCACGCCGGCGCCUCCCACCCCUCCAGCUUCCACACCUCCGCCUACCACUCAGCCACCUCCAGUGACAACUUCUCCACCCCCAGUUUCAACUCCACCUCCUAGCUCUCCUCCUCCAGCAACUCCCCUACCCGUUAGCUCUCCGCCUCCCGCAACCCCACCACCUGUUUCUCCUCCUCUAGCUACUCCACCGGCUACCCCUCCACCGGUAACUCCUCCUCCCGCUACCCAGCCACCUGCUCCAUUGGCUUCUCCACUAGUAGCGGUUCCAGCACCGACAUCUAGCAAACCGAAAGCCAAGUCUCCGACGCUAUCACCAAUGGGUUCGAGCCCACCGUCUCCAUUAACCGAGGCCCCUGCUCCUAGCCUGGGCGCUUCUUCACCAGGCCCAGCUGGAAGUGAUGUGAGCGGAGUAGAGAAAACAUGUAGGGUAGGAGGGUCGGCGGUGGUGGUGGGAUAG